CUCAGUUAAAGGUUUAAAGACAUAAUUCGCCAAAUUACGACGUGGCGAAGGGAGAGCGAUGCAUAUUGCGCCCACGCAGCCCGAAGAUUUGCGAAAGAAUGCGAAGUUUUGUGAUUUUUCGGAGAUAUGUGUUUAUCUUGCGGUUUAUGACGAUAUUGAGGCGCCAGUUACUCGGUUCUCAAAAUAUCGCAAAACACACAAGAUCCUUCUGUUUUAUUUGAGGGGAAAUCUGGCCUUAGAUGGUGGCAUCAUGCUAUAGCAAAUGCUUUUGAAUAAGCUUGGGAAGAAGUUAGAUAAGGUUGGCGCACAUUAGAAGACUUUACUUUGGACAAACAAGGUAAUCUGCAGGCACCAUGAGAAUUAACUGUGAAGUACAAGUAUGUAAUCGCAAGCUUCCAUCUCUCAAUAUGAACAACAAGAAAAAUACAGCACGUUCCUCUUUGGGAAUUGGACGCUUGCCAGGUUCAAAGGCGGAUGUUUCUAAUCUCUUCAUCCAUUUGUGUACAUCACAAAAUAAGCAAGGAAAUAAAUAUAAGGUUGGUGGAAACAUCGAGGCUGUCUUCACAAAGUUUGCCUCCGAGGGGAAAUUCACAAUUCGUUUCAAAGAGCCAGCCCAUGACCUGUGCGUGAAAGCUGAUCCUGUUCUGGCUAAGACCUUUCUUCAGACAUUGAAACUAGGAAUUCAAAACAAAGAUAUUGAUAAGCUUCACCUGUCUACUCUUGCACCUGUCAAGCAAAGCCAAGUUGAAAAGCCUAAGACAAAGUUGGUUAUCACUUGUAAAAAAGAUUACCCCAUCACCACAGCCUUCCCAUACACUUUGGAGACACUUAGGAUUAAUGAUGUUGACUUGACUAGAGUAGAAAAUCGCAUCAUGAAGCUAAAGCGACUGCAGAUCUUAGACUUGAGCCAUAACAUAAUUCAAGUUCUUCCUGUAACAAUGAAUGAGAUGCAUAGUCUUGCAGAGUUGCAUCUUGCUCAUAACAAGAUUAAAGGCAUCAGUCACCAGGUGUUUACAGGAAAGGUUUCUAAAACAUUACGCUUGCUUGACCUUUCUAACAAUCAUAUGGAAUAUCUGCCACACACACUUGGACAUCUUGUCAGUCUGGUUACAUUGAGACUAGACAACAACUUCCUCAAGAAGUUACCCAUCUCCUUAGGCAAGCUUACAAGCCUGAAAUUUUUUUCUGCCAGCAACAACAAACUUGUUGAAUUACCGGCUUCAGUGUUUCACUUGAAAAUGGAAAACAUUGAUGUUUUUGGCAACCCAUUUACAAGUCAGCUGGGCAUAGUGACAAACAACAUGCCUAAAGGGGUACCAAAUCUGCGUGAAAUUGCAUCAGCAUACUGUGUUAAAAGAGGGUUACGUCCAACAGCUGCUGACAUACCAGCCACUUUGGUUGAAUAUCUUCAGAGUUGGUUGAAGUGCCUGUGUGGUAGAAUAUGUUAUGAAUCUCACAUUCUCACGUGCAUCUCCCUGAACCUGAAGUUGGUUUCCCCUGCAUUAACCAUUGGCAAUGCAUUUGAGACUUCCACACCUGCUUUGGCCACUUUGUGUUCGCAGAAAUGUUUUGACAAGUUCACAAAGAGAUAAUUGAAAGAAAUCGUGAAAUACAGAUCUGUUUUAUUCUUGUGUUCUUGCCUUUUUCAUCAUAUUUUAAGGACUGUGAUUAUGUUAUUAUAGUUGAAUAUAAAGGGAAUUCUGAAUUUCACAUUGAUUUUUAAUGAAAAAUUACAUUGUUAUAUUGUUUUCAGAUCAUCCUUUUCAUUAAUUUUAAGGAAUUCAUCAUUCUUGACAUUGUCAUUUAGUAAGUGUUCAUUUCCCUUUUUUUCACUAUAGAAUUUGUAUUAUUUUCUAUGAAACUUGACUUUUUAAUGCCAAAUGUGACCAACCUAUGGUGAUAUACAGCAAUUAUUAUUUUUUUUAAGGAAGAGACAAUGUAUACUUUUGUAUACUUGUGUAUACUUUUUAAUAAUAAAUAUAUUUCCUAA